CACUAUUUAAAUGAGUCCCAUAAUGCAAGUUCACAUGUGCUGAGUCCAAGCACUUGCGCUUUGAGAAGCUCCGCUCUUGACUUUUGAGACCUUCAUCCCUAAGAAAUCUUUGCAAACUCGAGGAGCAUCUUGAAAAUGGCUCUCCUGAACAGCGUUACGGCUGCAUGCCUGAAGAAUCUCCAAGCCGGCUGGACAAUCAAUCAGCGUAUCUAUGUCUUGCGCGCGUUACACAAGUCUGCAGCCAGCGAGGCUUUGGAGAUCUCCGCAACCGGAGAGGAGACCAUGUCGGGCAGACUGAUUGAACCCAUGCCCGUGGAUGUGAAGACGGAGAUCAAGACCCUGAAGGAUAUGCCGGGACCCAGCACUCUUUCCAACCUGAUCGAGUUCUUCUGGAGAGACGGCUUUAGUAGAAUUCACGAAAUUCAGUUGGAGCAUCGGAAGAAGUAUGGAAAAAUCUUUAAGUCCCGCUUUGGACCCCAGCUGGUGGUCUCCAUUGCAGAUCGCGGUCUAGUGGCUGAGGUUCUGCGGGCUGAGGGUGUGGCGCCCCAGAGAGCUAACAUGGAAUCCUGGCAUGAGUACAGAGACAUGAGAGGCCGCUCCAACGGCCUCAUCUCUGCUGAGGGAGAGGACUGGCUGAACAUGAGGAGCGUCCUCAGGCAGCUCAUCAUGCGACCCAGAGACGUGGCCGUCUUCUCCGACGACGUGAAUGAAGUCGUAGAUGAUCUGGUGACGAGGGUCUGUGCUCUACGUGCGCAGGAGUCUGACGGAACAACUGUCCUCAAUGUGAACGACCUCUUCUUCAAAUAUGCCAUGGAAGGUGUGGCCUCUAUUUUGUAUGAGUGCAGACUCGGAUGUUUGGAGACCAAUGUUCCUCAAAAAACACAGGACUACAUCGGAGCCUUGAACCUCAUGUUCAGCUCGUUCAAGACAACCAUGUAUGCUGGAGCAAUCCCCAAGUGGCUGCGUCCCAUUAUUCCCAAACCGUGGGAAGAAUUCUGUAAUUCCUGGGAUGGACUUUUUAAAUUCAGCAUGAUUCAUGUUGAUAAAAGGUUCAGUGAUAUCAAGGCCCAGCUGCAGCGGGGAGAAGAGGUGAAGGGCGGACUGCUCACCCACCUGCUUGUUACGAGAGAGAUGAGCAUCGAGGAGAUAUACGCAAACGUGACGGAGAUGCUGCUGGCUGGAGUUGACACGACCCAGCUGGCCCUCUGCCACUACUCCACGUCACUGGAGGAGGAGAACUUUAGCGAUGCCUUGGAGUUCCAGCCGCAGCGUUGGGUUCGAAAAGACGCCUCAGAUCGCGUUGACAACUUUGGCUCCAUUCCAUUUGGCUACGGCAUCAGGAGCUGCGUUGGCAGGAGAAUAGCAGAGCUGGAGAUGCAUCUAGCUCUCAUAAGGCUCAUCCAAAAAUUCCGCAUUGAAGUGUCUCCAGUCACCACUGAGGUCAAAGCCAAAACCCACGGCCUGCUCUGUCCGUCUGCUCCCAUCAACCUUCGGUUUGUUGACAGGGAAAACUAAAAGCAGGCCUCUCUCCUCGGAAGAUUCCACCAUACUGGAUGUUUAUUAACCAAGUUGCAGAGCUGAGACUGAGGUUUUACUCAGACAAGAAACGUCUUACUUGUUUGUUAGGAAACACAAACACUGCACAAAUGUGAGCUGUAAACACUGUUUUUUUAAAGGAAUGUUUUUGACUUGGUAUAGGCUGAUUUAUGACUGAUACUUUAUUCCUUUUCAUAACACAGUAAAAAGUAAGUUCCUUUACUUUGACCAUUCGUUACAGGUUAAGGACCCUCCAAGUAAAUAGGAAUGUGUGACCAUGUGUUUUGUAAUCACGUGUUUCAAAUUGUAGUUUGUCGAAGGGCAGCUGUAAAUGCAUUCAACAUUAGCUGUCUAAGGUUGAGGUGUGCCAAGCUUUAUUUACCGAUAAUGCUGUUUCUCUGGCAGACCAAAGUAAAAGGGCUUCUUUUUCAUUUGGCACCAUAAUCACUAAAUAUGUUCAAAUUUAGAAGGGAGACAUUGUAAAACUAACCGCAUUAUAUCUAUUCUGCAUCUAAGUUCAAGUUUUUAGUAAAACAUGUAGUUUGUUUUUAAAUUAUAAAAUAAUAUUAAUUGAACAAUAAAUAAAUCUUAAAUGUAUGUGUUGGUUUACAGAAUUGAAGAUGUGUUUGUCAUGCACAGAUCAUUUGGAUUACAGAACGUGUUGAGUAAUUUUGGGUAAUUUUUACCAUUUGUGAGGAUCAUUUUAUAAGGAAAAUGCAUGUCUGGAAAUGAAUCACUAAAAAGGGAAAAGUAAAGUAAUAAGGAUCAUGCUGUGAACGUGAAGGAAACUGUAAACAUUUUGUAUAUUUUUUUAUAUUUUGUCUACUUGUUUGUUUCUUCUUAGUGGCUCCAGUAAAGCUGGAAAAUAAUAAACCUGUAUAUGUUAUUGUGUGUUGUACUCUGAGAAGACUUUUCAGUUCUAUUGUUGAAAUGUUACUCCUAAGGAAGUCAUGUUUUUCUAAAGUAAAAACUGAAAAUGAUGUUGUAUAUAAUAAAAAAACAAACAAACACAAACCUUUGCAGGCAAAAUAUGUGACACCAAAACCAUUUAUGAAGAGAAGCAAUAUCAGAAAACGCCUAUACACAAAGGGAUAAAAUUAUGUAAGCACCGUCUGACGUAGUUGGUGACUUUUAUGUGUCACUUUCAUUAUGUGCUUGUGCAAUAGGACAUAUUAACAUUACCCAAUGACGAGCAAAAAAAGUGUAUAUUUAUGCUGAAAUCUCCAAUAAAUGCAAGUUUGAAGAAUCUA